AUGGUUCGCAAUUACAAGCGAACAACUGACCAGCAGAAAUGGUCGGAACAGGCUAUGAAGGAAGCGGUGGCUAAAGAACGUGACAAAGAAAUGACCCUUACAGAUGCAUGUGAGACAUACAGUAUUCCGAAGACAACUCUGUUCCGAAGAGUAAGGAAAGAUGGUGAACCUGGUGAUGUGGCACAAAAGGGGCUAGGGCGUUUCAGGCCAGUGUUCAGCCAACAGCAAGGAAAGGACCUUGCAGACUAUCUUUUGUUCAUGGAGAGUCGUUUAUUUGGUUUAACUCUCAAGGAAUUCCGACAGCUAUCAGUCCAAUUUGCUGUCAGAAACCAUGUAGAACAUCCAUUCAAUAUGGAACUGAAGAUGGCAGGAGAGGAUUUUGUGUACGGAUUUUUGAAACGUCAUCAAAUGUUGUCACUGCGUACACCAGAAGCCACUUCAUCAGCAAGAGCAGCAGGUUUCAACAAGGUAGUUGUCAUGAAUUUCUACCGAUUAUUGAACUCGCUGUAUGAAACAUACCAUUUCCCACCAAGUCGUAUCUAUAACAACGAUGAAACGGGAGUGAUGACAGUGCCAAACAAGACUUCAAAAGUUAUAUCAAUGAAGGGUAAAAAACAGGUUGGUGCACUCGCCUCAGCGGAAAGGGGAACGUUGGUCACAGCAGAAAUGUUUUAA